AUGGCGUUAUGCGAGGCUGUGGCGAGCGGGAGUCCUCUCCUCUGGCCUCGGGUUCUGCUUUUCGGAGACUCCAUCACCCAGUUUUCUUUCCAGCAGGGUGGAUGGGGAGCGUCACUGGCUGACAUGCUGGUCAGAAAAUGUGACGUCCUGAAUCGUGGAUUUUCAGGUUACAACACCAGAUGGGCCAAAAUUAUCCUUCCCAGACUCGUCAGGAAGGGGAGUGGGCUGGACAGCCCAGUGGCUGUCACAAUUUUCUUUGGUGCCAAUGACAGUGCGCUCAAAGACGAGAACCCCAAGCAGCACGUGCCCCUGGAGGAGUUCGCGGCGAACCUGAGGAGCAUGGUGCGGUACCUGCAGUCCGUGGACGUGCCCGAGGGCAGGCUCAUCUUCAUCACGCCGCCCCCGCUCUGUGAGGCCGCGUGGGCGCAGGAGUGCCUCCAGCAAGGCUGCAAAUUAAAUCGCCUGAACUCAGUUGUUGGUGAAUAUGCCAGGGCCUGUUUACAAGUAGCCCAGGACUGCGGGGCUGAGGCACUUGACCUGUGGACCCUAAUGCAGAAGGACGGUCAGGACUUUUCCUCCUAUUUGUCAGACGGACUACAUUUAUCACCAAAAGGAAAUGAGUUUGUAUUCUCCCAUCUCUGGCCUUUGAUAGAGAAGAAAGUCUCCUCCCUGCCUUUUCUGCUCCCCUACUGGCGAGACAUAGCAGAAGCAAGACCGGAACUCAGUCUCCUGGGAGAUGGGGACCACUAG